AUGCCUGACACCUCUACACUAGAAGAGCUUUAUGCAAAAGCUGUGGCAAUAGAGAGAGCAGAAGCAAGUUCAAUGCAAAUGCUAGCUGAUAGUAAAAUGACAUCUACAGUCAAUAAAGUUACUAAAGUGAAAACUCAGCAGCCACAAGAAUCCAAGCAACCUACGACGACUGAAUCUGAUAAACCAACGUGUUUCCAGUGCGGAAAAAUGGGUCACAAAAGUCCAGAAUGCAGAAUGGACAAGUCCAAACUGAAAUGUACAAGCUGUGGUCAUGUAGCAACUGUAUGCAGACAGAAGAAGGAGGAAAUUCACCACAUUGAUGGAGAAGGUGCACCUUGGACUGCUACAAUUGACGUGCAAGGCAAGCCGCUUAAGUUCGAGCUCGAUACAGGGUGCGAGUACUCUAUUGUUCCUGUCAGUGUGUUCCAGACCUUACGUGCUGAUCUCAAAAAAAGUGACAAGCUGUUCCAACCGUACGGUACCUCUGCUACGAUACCAGCGUUGGGCAUGUCGACCGUGAAAAUCCAGCUGGGUCGAGAAUGGUUGCACAAGUUGGGCAUCUACAGCCCUGUGAAUCACGUUUAUCAAGUCAAAGCUGGUCAACAGUGUAUGAAAGACUUAGAAAGUGAAUUUCAAGAUGUUUUUGCAGAAGGGAUUGGUUGUGCACAUAAGUCAGUGUCAAUCAAAUUCAAAGAUAAUGCUAAACCAGUGUUCAUGAAACAUCGAUCAGUGCCAUAUGCGUUAAAGGACAAGAUCGAAACUGAAUUGGACAGAAUGGUGAAAGAUGGAAGUCUAAUGCCAGUUGAACACAUAGAUGAAGCGUCGGCAGCUGCGCUGACCAUCAACACUCGUAAAGGUUUGUUUCGUCCCACACGCUUGAUGUUUGGAUGUGCUUCAGCCCCGGUCAUAUGGACCAAAUUCAUUGAAGAAGUGAUCUCUGGAAUAGAGGGUCUCGGAGGUUAUUUCGAUGACUUAGUGGUGUCUGCUAAUGACGUCAUCACUCUGAAAUCACGCCUAUCGGAAGUUUUACGACGCUUGCAAGCCAACGGUCUACGCCUGAACUUGCAGAAGUGUUCUUUCUUCUUGGACUCUGUCACCUACCUGGGACAUGAAAUAUCAGCAGCUGGCAUCCGUCCUGCUAAAGAUGGAUUACAGGCCAUUCAAGAGCUGCCACCACCUGCAAAUCUUCCGAUUGUGCUUAGCUGCGAUGCCAGUCCUGAAGGCUUAGGAGCUGUUCUCGCUCACCAGUAUCCAGAUGGUUCCGAGCGUCCAAUUUUAUACAUCCACAGAAAGUUGGACAAAUGUCAAGUGAAAUACUCACAAAUUGAUAAGGAAUCAUUGGCCAUCAAAUGGGCCGUUGAAAAGCUGAAUAUCUAUCUUGUGGGCAGGCAAUUCACUCUCAUAACUAACCAUGCCCCACUUGUUCACAUAUUCGGCAUACGCAGAAAGAAAUUACCAACUUUGUGUGCUACUAGAUUGUUACACUACGCAAUCUUUCUACAAGAUUUUUCAUUCACCAUCAAAUAUCGCAAAUCUGAAGAGCACGGCAACGCUGAUUUCCUGAGUCGUUUACCACAACACUCGUCAGAUUUACGUCAGGCUCCUACCUCAGAUGAUCCAGUUGAUCUAGUACAGCUUCACCACAUCUCACUACUGCCGCUGACUCACCAAUCCAUUGCGCAGCAUACUCAGCGAGACAUUGAAGGGCGUGAGUGGCUACAGAAACUCCGUUCGGGCGAGACACUUGGUGAAAAUGAAGAUGGACUCUACUCAUUGCAGUAG